UUGCGCACGCAUCUCCCACUUGAAAAUUGUUGCCAUUUAUCAAUACCUAAGGAUUGUUUCUUGCACAUUAGUUGGGAGAUUGUAGACUUUUUACUUCACACAGAGAAUACAAAUCUGACAAGAUGGCCAGCUGCAAUUUUCAGGCGCAGUUGGUAUCCAUUAUGGAGGUAUUAGCUAAAGCAGCUGUAGCAGAAAUAAACAAACGGGUUGAUGAUAGCUGUGCAGUUAUACGUUUGGAAGUGACCCAAAGCCAGCGAGAUAUUGAUGUACUGAAAAGGAAGUGUCAAAUGAUGGAGGGCGAGCUGAAGAAGACAAGAGUCAGGAGAAAAGAGAGAUCUUCAUAUCCAGUCAAGAUUGUUUUGAACAAACAGAGGAAUAGCUCACAGUGGAGCGACGAAGAGAUUGCUGUUGAAGAGGACUCUCAACCCCAGCCUACAGAUGUGGAGCAGAGAGCAGAGACUGAACCCAUACUGAUCAAAGAUGAAGAGACAGCAGAGGAUGUGUGGAAGACUGACCCUCAGGAAGAGCUCAGGAUCACUGGAGAGGAGUCUGGUUCCAAGCCUGGGAAACCACCAUCCUUUGAGCAUCGGCGCUGUGAAGAGGACUUCAUCACACAACCCAACAUAUCUCCCGAAGACUCAGUGGAACAUUACCCAAAUUCUGAUGGUCCAGAGGAACCAGGCACAUCCCGGCUCACGUUAGAGGUGUUUAGCACAGAGCAGCACCGGCCAGCCGAGGACGAGGACUCACUAGAGCUGGUGAUGGUGAAGGAUGAGAAAAAGGCGGAGCUGGGUCAGACCACGGCCCUGGCAGGACUUGACCAGUUUGUCAUGGAUGAGACUGAUGGGCAGCUGUGGACCUCUGUGGAUCCAGGCAGACACACUGAUGGCCACCCAGAUUUCUCAUUUCAUGCCACAGAGGAGUACUCUCACAAUAUAUCAAUUUUCCCAUCUCAUAGUGUGCUGCCAUCUGUUCCUACUAUGACAGAUGAUGAAUGGCCAUUGCUUCCCUCUUCUAUAGGGAAACCACAUGCUGACAUGCUCAGUGCAGCAGCACACAUGAAAAGACAUGUCAGGACAUUGGCUGAUGAGACUAGACAACAGAUGCCAGAAGGACAGAGCAGUGAGAUGCUGAACUCAAAUAAUGAUGGAAAUAGUUUAGCUCUACAGCCAAGGCAGCAUCAGCACAGGGCUUCAGAAGCAACAGUGAGAAUGAGUGAGUGCAUGACAGGGUCAAACAUGGCCACCACCUCCACCUUUUCUGGAUUCAGCCUGAGUCGCAGUAGUUUUAACAUGGUGAAGAGAAUGAGGACUCAGUGGAGGUCGGGCGGCACCACUGAGAGGCGUUUCAGCUGCACCUUCUGUGGGAAGAGCUUCCAGCGUUUCAGCCAGCUCAAAGUACACCUCCGGAGUCACACCGGAGAGAAACCGUACACCUGCGAACAGUGUGGCAGGAGUUUCACCAAGCAGUGCAACCUGAUCAGACAUGCUGUGGUCCACAGCGGGGAGAAGCCCUACGAGUGCACACAGUGUGGGAAAUGCUUCACCCAGCGCUCCAGUAUGAAGUCACAUCAGAGAACUCACAUAGGAGAGAGUCCAGUGUCUCAACAUGUGGUACCUGCAUACCCUGGGGAUCCACACACAAGUUUAAUGUUGUCUCAGACGAAAUGGAGCAAAUAAAACAAUUGUAUAGUUUUUUUUUGGUAACAUUUUCUAUGUGAUGUGAUAAGAAGUUAGACAUUUUUACACGCUUUUCCUCCAAACUGAUAUGUGAACUGGUUUUCAUGUUUGACUGUUGACUGCUCGUCACAUUCAUUUUAACAAACAAUUGAUUUACUACUGGGAACAUCAAUCAUAAAAAAAGCAUUCAAAUAUAUCAUAAACAUGUUAUAUGGAAUAUAUUUAAAGACGGUCAAUCUGCGCUUUUAGAUAAAGAACACACUGUAUAUAGGAGCCAUUUUUGUAUGUGUUGACUUGUUAGUGUUUGUCUAUCCGGGAUGUAAUUUCUUGCCACAUGGGACAGUCUCAUAUCAAGUCAGGUUAAUACCUUAACUUGAUUUCCUGAGUUAUAGUUUGAAGUUACUCUGCUGCCUUAAAAUCUUACAUUAUAUCAACUCAGUAGGCAAUCAUAUGUUUCAGUGUAAAAGCUUACGUCUUACAUGUACAGUUCCAGUCAAUAUUUUGGACACCUGCUCAUUUCAAGGGUUUUUAUUUACUUUUACUACAUUGAAGAAUACUAGUCAUCAAAACUAUGAAAUAACACAUGAAAUCAUGUAGUAACCAAAAAAAAAAGAGUGUUGAAUCCAAAUAUAUUUUGCCUUGACAGCUUUGCACAUGCUUGGCAUUCUCUCAACCAGCUUCACCUGGAAUGCUUUUAAAACAGUCUUGAAGGAGUUCCCACAUGCAGAGCACUUGUUGGAUGCUUUUCCUCCACUCUGCGGUCCAACUCAUCACUAACCAUCUCAAUUGGGUUGAGGUCGGGUGAUUGUGGAGGUCAGAUCAUCUGAUGCAGCACGCCAUCACUCUCCUUCUGGGUAAAAUAGCCCUUACACAGCCUGGAGGUGUGUUUUGGGUCAAUGUCCUGUUGAAAAACAAAUGAUAGUCCCCACUAAGCGCAAACCAGAUGGGAUGGUGUAUCACCGCAGAAUGUUGUGGUAGCCAUGCUGGUUAAGUGUUCCUUGAAUUCUAAAUAAAUCACAGACAGUGUCAUCACUAUCUCACCUCCUCCUCCAUGCUUCACGGUAGGAACCACACGUGGAGAUCAUCUGUUCACCUACUAUGCCUCUCACAAAGACACAGAGGUUGGAACAAAAAUGUAAAAUUUGGACUCAUCAGACCAAAAUACAUAUUUCCACCGGUCUAAUGUCCAUUGCUCUUGUUUCUUGGCCCAACCAAGACUUCUUAUUGGUGUCCUUUAGUAGUGAUUUCUUUUCAGCAAUUCAACCAUGAAGGCCUGACUCACGCAGUCUCCUCUGAACAGUUGAUGUUGAGAUGUGUCUGUUACUUGAACUCUGUGAAGCAUUUAUUUGGGCUGCAAUUUCUGAGGCUGGUAACUCUAAUGAACUUAUCCUCUACAUCAGAGGUACCUCUGGGUCUUCCUUUCCUGUGGCGGUCCUCAUGAGAGCUUGUUUGAUCAUAGCGCUUGAUGGAUUUUGCAACUGCACUUGAAGAAACUUUCAAAGUUCUUAAUUUUCUGUAUUGACUGACCUUCAUGUCUUUAAAGUAAUGAUGGACUGUCAUUUCUCUUUGCUUAUUUGAGCAAAGAGAAAUAGACUUGGUCUUUUACCAAAUAGGGCUAUCUUCUGUAUACCACCCAUACCUUGUCACACGAACUGAUUGGCUCAAACACAUUAAGAAGGAAAGAAGUUCCACAAAUUAACUUUAACAAGGCACACCUGUUAAUUGAAAAGCAUUUCAGGUGACUAUUUCAAGAAGCUGGUUGAGAGAAUGUGCAAAGCUGUCAUCUUAGCAAAGGGUGGCUACUUUGAAGAAUCUAAAAUGUAUAUUUUGAUUCAACACUUUUCUUUGGUUGCUACAUGAUUCCAUGUCUUCACUAUUAUUCUACAAUGUAAAACAUAUUUUAAAAAACCUUGCACUUUUGACUGGUACUAUAUGUUCAUACAACUUUACAUUUGACAUUUGGGCAACUACACUUUUCCUGUGUAAUUGGUCUAAACUGACACUACACUGGAACUGUGUAAAACUGGUUAUCAUUAGCUACUGUAGAUAAGAAGUAGAUUGAUAUGAUUAGUAGUUUGAAUAAUGUUCAUUGAUUUGCCAAUAAACAGAGGCAGGGAUAAUAGGGGAGAUAUACAGAAUUAUACAAACAGCGGGUCCAAUCCUGGAUGCUGAUGGGUUAAAACCGCAUUCCAGCUGGUGUCUAUUUAGGUGAUAAUGACCAAGAAGCCGGUGUUUGAAAUCGUGCCAAUAUAUCCUCCAAACACCGGCUUCUCUGGCAUCACUUUAAUACAACGGGUUAGCAACAUAUUCACCCAGUCAUUGUAAAUGUUCCAUUGCCAUACUGGCUGGGAACAUUGUUAUCCCUUGCUUGUCAUCUAUUGAUAGUUCUUUAAAUAUAUCCUUAAAAAGGAUGUUGAUUCAUGAUUUCGACUGGGUUGCGCAGUUAGAUGGAACAGAGUAAAUAUGUAUUUUAACGUCAUAGAUUUAGCCGGGGGUAAUUUGUGGAAAGACACUGGCUGGAAUGCGGUUUUAACCAAUCGGCAUUCAGGAUUAGACACACCCAUUGUAUAAUCCACAAAUUACCACCCACUACGGCUAUGAUUUUGAAAUACCUAUGUACUGUUCCUACUCACUGCAAUCCACCGUCUCAUCUGCCCAACCGAGCAAUUUAUAAACUUGAUCCUCACUGUAAAAAGCAUUUUUCUCCUCUUUCUUUUAGACUAGCGUUUGGUUUUCAAUGGCGGAGAUUUGUAUAAACCUUGCUGUCCAUCUCUAUGGCCUUUGCAACAUUGUUUUAAUAAAAAAAUAUCUCUCAA